AUGCGGGAAAGGACAACCACCCAAGGAGAAUGUCAGGGUUUUGAUGAUACGGUUAGAGAAGCUGCUAGUUCGUUUGCCUUUGAGGGUCCGACAGAUCUCUUUCUUUUAAAAAAGUUCGAGUAUAUCAGAAACCGUGUGAAAAAGUGGAGAGAUAUUAUGCUGAAAGAUGGAGGAGAAAAGGAAUCCAAGGCUAGAGAAGAGCUAGAGGAGUUAGAAAUUUUAAUGGAAAACGGGAGUCUUUCGGAGGAGGAGGAAUGGAUCCUUACGGAGAAUCUCAAACUUAUUAAGGAGGUGGAACAAAAUAAAUCGAAAGACAUUAGACAGAGUUCUCGGGUUAGAUGGGCUAAAGACGGGGACGAGAAUUCCAAAUUAUUUCACUCUAUGUUUAGAGAGGAGCUGGUGAACCGGCCGGAGGUGUUGUGUGAUAAUUUUAGGAAGCUGAGUUAUUCGGAGGCAGCUUAUCUUAUUGGGGAAUUUAGUAAAAAGGAGAUUAAAUCCAUGGUUUCGGAGUGUGGGAGUGACCGUGCACCCGGGCCGGACGGAUUGAACUUCAGAUUUCUUAAACACUUUUGGGAAUUAUUUGUGGACGAUUUCGUUAAGAUAUUGAAUGAGUUUCAUGUUAAUGGGUUGGUUAGUAGAGGCUGUGUCGCUGCCUUCAUUACUUUAGUGCCAAAGAUGGGGUUCCCUCCUCUUUGGUGUAAGUGGGUCUUCGGGAUUCUAUCGUCUGCCAGAGUUGCGGUUCUUGUCAACGGAGUUCUUACCUUUGAUUUUCAAUGUCAGAAAGGAAUGAGACAAGGUGACCCCCUGUCUCUUAUUCUUUUUUUGUUAGUUAUGGAUGACCUUUCAUGCUGUGUUGAUAAAGCAGUUGAAGUUGGAGCGAUGUCAGUGGUCCAGCUCCCCAAUGGUGGGCUGAUUCUUUCCCACCUCUUUUACGCGGAUGAUGCCUUAGUUAUCGGGGAUUGGUCUAAGGAGAAUGUUCUUAAUAUGGUCAGGAUCCUUAGAGGUUUUUAUUUAUGCUCGGGCCUUAAAAUUAACUUGGCUAAAUCGAAUAUCUAUGGUAUUGGUGUAAUGGCUUCUGAUAUCGAUGGAUUGGCUGGUUUGGUGGGUUGUAAGGCGGGUCAGAUUCCUUUUGUUUUCCUCGGCCUUAUGGUUGGUGCUAAUAUGAAUCGUAUUGCGAACUGGAGACCGGUUUUUGAUGUCUUCGAAUCAAGAUUAUCUCUUUGGAAGGCCGCUGUUCUAUCCAUUGGGGGUAGGGUGACGCUCAUUAAGUCGGUUUUGGGGUGUCUUCCUAAUUAUUUUUUCUCCCUUUAUAAGGCUCCGGUGGGAGUUUUAAACAAGUUGGAGGCGAUUAUUAGAAAAUUUCUGUGGGGUGGCUCGGGUGGAGAUAAUAAACUGAACUGGGUUGCGUGGGACCGUGUGGUGUCCCCCAUUGAUUGCGGCUGGCUCGGAAUCAGGAAUCUUGACUCCAUCAACAGAUCUCUUCUUCUCAAAUAG